UCAACUCGUGAUGCCGAUAUAGUUGGUUUGGUUUCUUUCCUGUAUGUUGGGUGAAAAUUUCCUGAUUAGAAGAGUCAUUUUUGCAAAACAAAUAAUAUGUUUCUGAAAUACUUAAAAGUGUAUUAACUUUUCAAUCUUGUAUUGAGAUUUUUACCUUUGAUGUAUUCGAUGAAGUGUAUUAUGAGAUGAUUUAAAUGAACCAAAUAGGCUUACAGUGCGUAUAAACCAGUAAAAAUCUGAUUGUUACCUUCUUAACUAAAUAUGACUCAAUCUGCUAUAAACCGUGAAACAUAUCACAUUUCACACAUUGCUGAAUGGUUUCAUGUGUUUCCUCAUGUUGAUAUAACAUUUUCAUCAGUGAAUGCUACAUUUGAUCCAAAUAAUAGUGCAUAUUUGGAGGCUUUAGGGAUUAUCAUAGCCAUUCCUGGUUUUUAUCUAAUUCUAACUCUGUUGGCCUUCCUAAUAUUCUUCCUAUGCCGGUGUUGUGAUUCAAGCUUCAAGAGGAAGAGGAAAAUUACACCACUAAAAUGGACAUUGGGCUUCUUUGCUAUACUCUGCUGUGGUGCCCUUGCUGUUGGUCUAUAUGGCAAUGAAACUGCUCACAGAGGUAUUGGGGACAUUGAAACAUCUACAAGAAAAAUUUCUGAUGUUGUAAGCUCUGUUAAAAAUCAGUCAAUAAAAAUUGAAUCAUUGUUAAAUGAUGAUGUCAAUCAAGACUUAAAGAAGCUGGAUGGUCUUUUUGAAGCCAUCUCUAAUGAAACAACAAAAUUUUUUCUCAAGAAUUGCCUGGAUUAUUUGCACGAUAAUGUUUCUAUAGGAUCAAACAAAAUAAAUGACAUUGAUCAUAAAGUGGACAACUUAAAUUUACAAGCACUUCCCGAUAUCAUUGAUGAAGUAGAAUUUUUCAGGUGGCCCUCUACUAUUGGUCUUCUUUGCCUUCUGAUUCUCUUGUGUCUCACUCUUAUUUGGGGAGUUAUUAAACAUUCACGAUGUCUAUUAAUUUUGUUUUCAGUAUUUGGAUUACUUUCUGUUGUGAUAUGUUGGGUGUUAGUAUCCAUGUAUGUUGGAAUAUGUGUGGCUGGAUCAGAUUUCUGCUUGGAUCCUGAACCAUUUUUGUAUCAGCAAGCAAAUGGUGUUGUUGAAACUGGUGUGUUGACUUACUACAUCCAUUGUGAUGAAAAAAGUCAAGAUCCAUUUAAUAAGGCUGUUGCUGAAGGUAUGAAAGCCAUGAAGAAUGUUAAAGAAACACUAGACCAAGUUAAUGUAGUUGUUUUGGCCUUGCAUGAUAACCUUCCUGUUAUUGAAGAAACUUUAGCUCAUUUAUCUGACCAUGUCAACCAAACUGAAAAACUGUUGAAUGGAAUCAUAAGCUUGGUGAAAUGUGAUGGUAUUAAUAAAGAAUACAAAAAUGCCUUGCAAGCAGCUUGUACUUUUACUUUGGAAGGAACUGCCUUUAUGUUGGUCUCUGCUGUUGGAAGUGGACUUUUAUUUACUGUUCUUAUUUGGGUGGCAUCUCAUACUUGGAUUCAUAUUAGAAAGAAGCCUCCAGUGGAACAUAUUGAUGAAGAAGAUCCUUUCCUUCCACCAUCUUCAACCAUGUCAAGUGCCAGGAGAAACCGUGAGACGUAUGGCAGCACUGGUUUUCGACCCCGUUCCAGUCAUACCCCACCCCAGACCCCUUACUUCAAUAUGUCUUUGAAUGGCCAUGGUGCUAAUCAUGAUGACCACAACUAUCUCCAUGGACGUUAUACUCCUCCACCUGCAUAUGACCAGUUGUCAGGGGGACAUCUCAUGGGGCAUGUGGGAUCUAAAAUGCACUACAAGGCCUGAAUGUCCCUUCCUUCUCAGCCGGAUGCCGAUCUCACUUGUGCUACCAAGUUCUGAAGCUGAGUAACUGUCAUCACUUUCCUCCUGGGGACGAACUCUUGUUUUCAUUUUUCCUGCCUACUCCUUCAGUUUAUUCCAUGGGGCUUACAGAAGUGACCUGAUUCCUGCACACAAUUUGUGAAAGCUUUGAACCAGAACUAUAUGUUUGAGUAAGCCUUCAAUUUUUGAUAUUCAUGUCUUAUAUAUGGAUGCUCAAAGAAGUAGGUGCAUGCAAUGGCUAGCUAGAAUUAGGUGCCACGGAUGUUGUGCCAAGUUGGAAUAAAUAUUGUUAAGUGUUUAUGAACAUGAUUUACUAAUUUCUGUUAAUUACAACAAUUAUUCAAGAUAUUUGUUGUUAAUUGAAUUUACAAUAGAUGCGCAAUAUGAAAUAUAUUGUGCUAUUGAUGUGCUAAGUAUUAUAUUGGAAUUAUGUCUUUCAGUUUGCCUUUUUAUUCAUUUUAAUAAUAUCUUGCAUCUCCCUUAUAAAAAUACAUCUAGCUUUUUGUUGUGUUAAGUCAUUGCACCUGCCAUACAAAACUUGUUAAAUUCUCACUCCGAAGCAAACUUGGCUAUAUCUGAAGUGGCACCAUUUAUUCUAUAUAGACACAGAUUUUUUUUCUUUUUAUCCAACAGUUUAAAAAUCUGAGCAAUUAUAUUUUUAAAUAUGUUUAUUGGACUUUUAUUGAUACUUCUAUAGAAUGUGUGGAAUCAAAUUUUAUUUAUUUCACUAUCUCUGCUAUUAUAAUGUGUUAGAAUUUUUUUUACAUGGUGAAAUUAAAAGUUGUUCUUAGCCUUGUAAAUUUUGUAAAUUAUUUUCAUAGUUUAAAAAAAAACAGUGUCAAUGCAUCUCCCCCCCCCCCCAGAUUUUGUUUUUGUUUAUUUGUAAAUAUGUUUUCAGCCUGUUCUCCUUUUCUGUAACUGUAUUAUAAUUAUGAGAUUUCAUUCAUAUUUUAUUCAUAUUAUCGAAAUACAAUGAGUUUGACUAUUUAAGUAUGACUUUUCUAGAAUAUGUACUUAUAUAUAUGAUGCCUUGUUUUCCUGUGUUUUCAAUUUCAAGCCUUUAUGGUGCUCUAGCUUUUGAACUUUUAUUUGAGACUUUGUUAUUUUGAUUAUUAAUUAAUAUGUAAAAAAUUCGCUAGAUCCUGGACAGUGUUUUGAAUGUAUACAUCCAUUAAUAAAUGUAAAUUUAAGACAUGUUAAUUUUUUUUGUUCAGUUUUUUUUUUUUAACUUUAUUUAAUUUUGUUUUUUGUAAGUCAAAAUUCUAUUUUAUAUGACAUUAAUUUUCCAAAGCUAUUUCCAUUUAAUCUCAUUUAUCAAAUGCAAUUUACUGCAACUCAAAUUUAUGUGCAUGUGUUUAUACAUUAUUUCAUUCUGGGUGCAGAUGUCUUGCACGGAAUUUGAGUUGUGUCUAAAUGAACUAUAACAAUGUUUUCUGGUGUUCCAAAGUGAGUUUGCCACACAAGAUACUGCAAACCUUUCACCAACUUUGGAUUUAAAUGUAUUGUAAAUUGUUUGUAGCCAAUUGCUGCAUGCAAUUUUAUAUUAAAUCUUGGUAAAAAGAAAUUUAGUAGUAUUGUACCAAAAAGAAAAAAAGAAUGAAUCUUUUUUAAAUGUACCUUUUUGUGCCAUUUUCGAAAGGAAGAUGCUUUUCAUUGUGUAUUUGUAGAUUUUAAGAAACAUUUUAUUGCUCACUUUAGGAUUGAUCUUUAUAUAGUCUUGUGACAGUUGAUGGAAUGUUGUCUGUGUUUUUAAAAAUUCCUUUUUAAUGUACAUACUUCUAUAUCUAUAGCAAAAACAAGCACUUCAUUUUCAUUUUUUUAAAUGUUGUCGAAAUUUUAGAGUUAAAUCAGUGUAAUAAAUAAAAAUGUAUUUCCCUUGCUAUAGAUUUGGUUAGUUGAAAUCUGUAUAUAAGCGGUAUUGAUUUGAAUGUUUGUUCUUGUAAUUAAAAUGAAAUGUUAUUUGUAAAGGUUUUUCAAAAUAUUUAAUAAUUUAUGCACUGUCUAAAAUUAUUUGUCGUAAUUAUAUUUUAAAAUAAAAAUUUGCUUUGUUUACCCUAUUUCUUAAAACCAAGGUGAGAAAUAUGCAAUAAUAUCUGUAAUGCUAUUUAUAAUUGGUGCUUUAAAAUUUAUUUUUAAUCAAAAAAGAAUUUGCUUCAUUUUUCUCAUUUUUUAAAACCAAAAUUAGAAAUAUGUAAUAACAUCUGUAAUGCUCGUCAGUUUGUAAUGAUGUUUUUAAAAUUUAAUUUUAAUCAAGUGUUAUCACUUCUUCAUCUGUGGACCAAUUGGGAAAUGUUUCACCUCAAUUUUUAAAUUUGCAAGAGCUUCUUUUGGAAAUGAAAUAGAUAAGUUGAAAAAUACGUUUGCAUUUAACUUCUUUGAUCUAUCUGAAGGCAGUUUCAAAGAGUUUACUUGUAUUUUAGUAAUACCAAUAUCACCCCACCCUUCUCUCGACAGUAGUGAAAAGGUGGUUACAAAAAUUAUAUUGGUUUGGUUUUUUUUAAAUAUAGCAUUUUGUUGAUGCUCACAUUCACAUUUCUAAAAUUUUAGUGAAAUUUUAUUAAUAUAAGUAUGAGUGAAUAUUUUGUUAAUUUUUAUACCUAUUAGAUGAAUUCAAUUUAAUUAAUUUAUCUCUAUUUUAGGGUUCUUUUCACAUGUAUUAAUGUUAUAUUAAAUUAUUAUUCUGCAUGCAUUGCCAUGCUUAGAGUUCAUGUCAAGAUUACUUAUAAUUUGAUUAUUUAUAAUGAUAAAGCUUCUAGAUCAUAAAUUGAAGACUAAAAUUGGUAAACAGUGUAAGUACACUGCCCCCCCCUAAAAAAAUACGCAUUAAAAUAUAAAAAGAGCAAUACUUUAUUGUGUGGCAGUUCUUUAAUUAGCUCGGAAGGCAUGUAAAGGAGUUGCUAAGGCCCUAUAUAAUGAUCAAAUGAUUUUUGCCCUGCCUUUUUUGUAAAGAUUUUUAGUUAUUUCUGGCACUUGCAAUGUUUACAACUCUUAGUCCUCAGUUGCCAUGGCAUUGUUACUUGCAUAAUUAAUGCCUGAUCGAAUUUUCAAUCAAAGUGAGUUUUCACUAUGUAAAAUAAUGUAAAACUAUAGUCAUUAGGUGCAAUUCUUUUUACCCUUUAUGAUGCAUGAAGUUUCUAAUUUAUAUUUUAAAAAUAUAUAUAUAUAAUUAAUACUGUAUUUUAUGCUAUGUUAGUUUUUUAUUGAUUACAUUAUCAUAUAGAAAACCAUUUGUCUUAUGACAGAAUUGAUUAGUUAUAAAAUUAUCAUUUCCUUUGAAACAGUUUUGAUGUUUGUGUAUAUAAUUCUCUCUACUUUUUAUAGUUGGAGAUAAUUAUGUCACAGGCAUAGAUCUUCAUAGAAAGUACAAACUUUUUAAUACCAUAUUAAGUGUAAAAUAUCAUCAAAUGAGUCACUUUUAAUCUAUGUAAUUUUAAUAGCAUUAUACUACACAGAAUUAGUAAUUAGAGUAUAUACAGCUUUUUACUUGGUGAUUAUUCUUAUUUUAAAUGCAUUGUCAUUUACACUUUAUAAACAUUAUCCUUAUACAUGUAACAAACUUUCAUAACUGGUUCUGUUACUGUGUAUUUUAUAAUAAUAGUGUGCCAAAAUUAAAACUAUUUCAUUACUUAAUAUAUUUGGUAAUGCAUAGACUAAUUCUUUCUUAUAAGAUAUUUGUAAAAAUUGAAAUUAAAAAAAAAUUUGUUCUUUAAAAAUGCCUGUUUUUAUACUAAUAAGAAAAUAUAAUUAUUAUUACAUUCCUUUAAUAUACAUAAAGCUCCAAAGUUAAUCAUGCUCAGUUUAAUAAAAAAGCUGUCUAUUGCUCAAACUAAUCGAAAAAAUAUAUAUCUUAUUCCUUGUUUUAAUUGGUCACAGAUAUCAGUAUAAUAUUGCCCAAUAAAAGCUUAUUCAAAAAGUUUGGAAAGCACACAUGCUUGAUAGCGCACAUUUUUAAAAAAGUACAUUUGUUUGAAUGCUUUUGGGGAAAAAAAUCGCUGAAGACUUGAAUGUAUGAAAACAAAUAAAAUCAUGAGAUUGUUUCAUUUCAAUUCUGUCAUUUAGUUUUUAAUAACUUUAUGUGGAUUAAGAAUAUACAUCACAAGCCAUAUCACAAAGCAUUUUUUUUUAAUUUUUAAUUACAUGUAAAUUAACUUUCUGUUGUAAUACAUUUAAUCUUUGCCAAAAAAAAAAAAAAAAGUUUGUUUUAAAAAGUAUUUAUUUAUCCUUAAUUUAUAAACGUGUUUGGAUCUGCUUAAAAUUUACAAAUGCUCCAUUGGUACAGAUUUUUAUGUAUAUAAAUAAUAUAUAAGUUUCUCUAACUCUCUUUUUUUUUUUUUUUGGUCAAAUUCUAAAAGAUAAAUAAUAGAAUAAUUAGAAAAUGCAUACAAUAAAAUUAGAAUUUUAAGUUAAUAACUAAUACUUUUAUCUAUGAUUGUCAUUUUAAAUGCUACAAUUAAAAUUGUUUUGUAGUUAAAAAAGAGUAAGUUAGCAGAUUUAAUUUUUUUUUUCUCCUUUUAAAUAAUAUGAACAUACUUUUUCCUUUAAUAAUAUAUCUAAAUAGUUUGAUGCAUUUCUUUUGAUCAUUAUUUUGUUUUUAAAAUUGUACAUUAUGAACGAUAUAUUUCCUUCAGAUCAAAGUAUGGCAAUUGUUUUUUUCCCUUUGAUAUUACUUUAUAUUCUAGUAGAAAUGUUUCCUUUUAAUGCAUUUUUGAUAGAAAUGUGGAAUGUGCUUUAUUGUGAUGCUCCUUAGCCUUUGACUGUGAUAGUUGUUAAUUUACAUUGACACCUAAUUUAUAAGAUGUUGGAAUAAUUUUUUCUCCUUUGUGUGAGUGUUUUAUGUAGAUAAUAUUUAAUGUAAUUACUUAUUUUAGUCCCCAAAUGUGAUCAGUAUAUUUAUUUUGUUGCUUAAACCAUCAGAAAUGAAUUAAAAAAAACAGUAAAAGUUAAAACAAUAAAAAUCAAUUCAUCUGGCCCUUUUUUUAAAAAAUUAAUAUAUAUUAUAUCAAAAAAAUUCCUGAGUUAAAAUUGGCAUCUCCAUAGGUAUCCAUGAUUGCUGUGCUGUGAAAUUGUUUUUAAUGUUUUCAAACUUUAAUUCUUAUAAUAUUCACCAGUUAAUAUAAAAAUUAUCCUUUGACUUAUUUAUUGUUUUUUCCCCCUUAACAUUAAAGAAGCAGAACAAAUCAUUAGCAUUAUUGUUUAAUUUUAAUAUUUUUAAGUUAUUUUGUCUGAAGUUGAAAAGAAAAUUUAACUAAUAAAUUAAUGGAUAACUCAAAAUUUAAAGAAAUGAAGUGAAAUUAUUUCUGUUUAGAUAUUUAUCUAAUUUCAGUCAAUGAGUAGUUAAUGUAUUAAAUAAAAACAUUCAUUUAAAUUCAUAAAUUGCUACAUGAGGUCACACUGUUAUGCAUUACACAAAUUGUCUCUUCAGAAUUUUAUAUUAUACAGAUAUAUGCAGCAAUGCAAUCUUUCAUACCUAUACUAAAUACUGUGCUUUCAAGUGAUAAAAUAAUUUUUAAUUAAAUUUUGCAGCUAUAUUUCUUCUAUUUCCAUUUCAUUACUCAGGUUACUAAAAGGAAUUCCAUUUUAGAUUUUAAAAUGUUUUUGUUGUGUGUUUUCAUUCCUUAUCACAUUUGUGUAUAUAAUGUCAUCUUGUAUCUUCCUUAUAAUGACAAAAAACCCUAAUGUAUCAUUUAUUUUUUUUGAAGGCUGAUUUAAAAUUUCAUUUGUAUGAAAAUUAUUUAUAACAAAUUUUUCAUGGUCGUUCAUUUGGAUAUGAAAUACAAAUAUAACUGCUUUACAUUUUAUUAAUAUUCCAGGCAUUUGUAGAUAUAUACUUUAAUAUUCUAAAACAGUUGCAUUGUUAAAAAAAAAUAAAAACUUCCCUAAUAUUUGCUAAAUGCCCUGAGAUCAAAUAAUGCAUUUAAAUAUUUUCUAAAUUUUUCUUUAAGAGAACCCAGCAGCUCUAAUUUAAUAUGAAAGUUAUUUACUUUCAUAUGACUGUUGCUCAAAAGUUUUCAUCUGCAAAUUGAAUUUUAUAAACAUAUUUUUAAUUUCACUUAUAACUGUUUUAUAUCGUGCUAUGAAUGCUGUAAUACCUCAUGGUAUGUGUAGAAAAAAAUAGUUGCUGUUGUAUGUACAUCUCAUGCAUUUGAAUGACAUUAAUAUGUAUUUGUAGUACAUAUUUGAUUUAAAUCAGCAUAAUUAGUGAUUUUUAUAAUACAGUUUUCAUUCUGUGUGAAUUUUUUACUUCAGUGUAACAUGACAAUGUUGUAUGUGUACAAUUGUAGUGUUUCGAGAAAACAUUUCUCCUCAGAUACUUGUCGCACUAUGCAGCUGUUGCCCAUUUGCUGAAAUAUUGUAUGCAACCUUCCCAUUUUUUUGUGAUAAAAGUCAUUUAAAAUUAA